GCUGCCUCAGAACAUCUCGUUUUUAAAUUGACUCGCUGCUCUAGAGGGAUGUUUUGGCAGCCACCCUAUGUUGUUGGCAUGAAAUUUUUUGGCUUCAUUACUUUGCUUUACAUAGUUUGGAUCAACAUGACACGGGAUUGAAAAAGUACAAUGCAUGCGUAACGUAUGCGUAUUUUUAUGCAAUGAGCAUCGGUGAUGGAUGCAUUAGAAAAGUUCUAAGAGGAACGAACUUGAUUGCCUUAAAUUAUUUUACUUCUAAGCAAGUGAACUAUCGAUAUUUACUUCAACGAAUUUAGGAAAAUAAUAAAUAAUCACUUUUUUCAAUAUGACACAAGUUUACAAAGGUUGCUGUGGUCCUCUCGUCGGCAUCGUACUAUCAAUUUUAUCAACAGCAUGGCGGGUGAUUUUUGUGGAUACCGUACACGGAUUUGACUGGAAACCGAGUCUAAAGCAAUUUGAUGGGUAUGGUGAGAAAAAUGAACCUAAAACAGAGAUGGAGCGGGACAAUUUGUUGGAUAAAUAUGACAUUGUACCUGACAUUGUUAAAGGUUAUCCAAAAAAUGUCGUAAAGGUUGAGUAUCAUCACGAAAACGGCGUUUCGAUGGUGAAAUUCGGAAAUUUUUUGCAAGUAAAUGAGACUAGGCCAGAUCCAAAAGUUACUUGGGACGCUGUGGACAGUGAGAGAUACGUUUUACUAAUGAUAGAUCCUGACGGUGAGCGGGAAGGAGAUUACGAUGGUCGGGAUUGGCAGAUAUACUUGGUCACGAACAUUGUCGGUAAUAACGUGUCACGCGGCGAGAUGGUUUCUGACUACAUUCCACCAUUUGCAUCAUACUGCAAACAAUUUCAUCGAUACAUAUUCUUGGUUUAUCAGCAACCAAAUCACGGUAAAAUCAUAGAAUACUUCGAGAUUCGUUUAACUCUGAUACACGAAGAAUAUCGAAAAAAAUUUCGGAGUCGCGUGUUUGCUGCAAGGUAUGGACUUGGUGAGCCAAUCGCAAUCAACUUUUUUCUCGGAGAAAUGAGAAAUACUACCUCCUCGACAGAAGAUUAUUAGUUUUAAGGCCAAAUUGUUGUGUUAGUCUGAAGAGAGGUAGAUAACGGAUCUAUGGCAUCGAACUUAUCACUGUAUGUCAGCUAAUUUUAUUUCUGACUUUGUAUAAACUCUAUUGUCAUGAUGUAAAAAACUGACAACAUUUGCAAACUCUAAGCUUUAAGUGGAAAUUAUUCAUCGUCGAAUUUUUAUUUUACAUUUGUAAUUUAUUUCACAGUUAAGUUUCAUCAGGAGUCAUGAUGUGUGAUUAAAAUAUAAGAGCAAUAAAUGCUAGCCCAACUCUUCAAAA